AUGGCAUCAACAGAUACAGACAACUCAAAAACAGUGUCCUCCUCAACGUCGUCGCCUAGCACUCCGACAAAAACAGCAACUACCAAGACCACUGCCACCCCACCAAUACAAUCUUCUUUGGAGGUACCAUCCUUGGCUAAUAAUAGUAACGGCAGUUCCAGUACAUCAACUUCCUCUACAAAUGCAUCUCUGACAGGUGCUAAUGACUCCAACUAUGAUCCAUUUGCUGGCCUUUCUUUUAGGGUUGGGGUUGCAGAAAAUAAAAACACCACAUUCCGUAACAAAAUGGAAGAUGUCCACACAUAUAUUGCCAAUUUUGCUGAACGAGUGGAUUGGGGAUAUUUUGCUAUAUUUGAUGGCCAUGCUGGGAAGGAUACAGCACGGUGGUGUGGGAAUAACUUACAUACACUAUUGGAAGAAGAAAUCGAUCGCAAUUCCGAUGAGGGUAGUCCACCUCCGACUCCCAUAAGGGGUAAAGAUGAUUUGCGGGAAGAUUUGUACAAGUGUUUUGUCAAAGCAGAUGAAUUGAUAGAAAAAAGUGGGCAAGGUAAAUCUGGAUGUACUGCUGCAGUGGCUGUUCUCAGAUGGGAAAGUGAUAAUGAAGAACCAGUAUCGCACACCAAGAGCCAAGAUGGUGGUAAAUUUGAUUUCAAGCCAACCAAGAAUCACAAGCGAUUGUUAUAUACUUCUAAUGUUGGAGAUCUGCGAAUAGUUCUUUGUCGUGCUGGACAGGCAUACCGAUUGUCGUAUGAUCAUAAAGCUACAGACACACAUGAGAUUAAUAGAAUAGAAGAUAAUGGCGGGUUGGUAUUGAAGAAUCGGGUAAAUGGUGUUUUAGCGGUGACUCGAUCACUUGGUGACACAUAUAUGAAACUGUUGGUCAUAGGAGUUCCGUUUACUACGGCGACAGAAAUUACUGCGGAUGAUGAAUUUAUUAUUAUUGCCUGUGACGGACUUUGGGAUGUAGUCUCCGAUAAACACGCUUGCAAAUUGGCAGCUGAAUCAUUUAAACAAGGUUAUUCACCGCUGCAAGUUGCUAAGAAGUUGUGUCAAUUUGCAAUAGAAUUGUCUACAACAGAUAAUGUUACUGUUAUGGUUGUACAGCUUGACAAUGACGUGUUCAGUUAG